AGAGAUCCUCCAACAAUCUCAGCUCGUGGUUCCCAACCAUUGGUUACAGCCUUCAUUGCCCAGACCCAGGCCACGAAUGGGAGGCAGCCAGGUGCUGCAGCAGGUGAAGUCACCCUGAGCCCCAGGGUCAAGGUAAGAGACACACAACGCACCUGGCUGGGUUACACAGCUCUCCGAGAUCUCGCUGCAGGACUGUGAAGAUGAAGAGCCUGUGGAUGCUGCCUCUGCUGCUGCUGACCACCUGCACCUUGAGGGCACAGGGGAAGCGCCGCCGAGUCUACUUCCGGGAGGAGUUUGAAGAUGGGGAUGGAUGGACAAAACGAUGGGUGCAAUCUAAACAUCAGUCAGAUUAUGGAAAAUUCCAGCUUACUGCAGGGAAAUUUUAUCAAGAUAAAGAAAAAGAUAAAGGUCUCCAGACCAGUGAGGAUGCCAAGUUCUAUGCCCUUUCCACCAGGUUUAAGCCAUUCAGCAAUGUGAAUGAGACCUUGGUGGUUCAGUUUUCAGUAAAGCAUGAGCAAGGCAUCGAUUGCGGCGGUGGGUAUGUGAAACUCUUUCCUGCCACACUGAACCAGGAGGAUAUGCACUCAGAGUCCCAGUAUUACAUCAUGUUCGGCCCGGACAUCUGUGGCUUUGGCAAUAACAGACUACAGGUCAUCCUUUAUCACCAAGGGAAAUACCAUGAGAACAACAAGACCCUCAAGUGCAGGAUCAAUAAAGACACUCACCUGUACACUCUGAUCCUUCGCCCUAAUGCGACUUACGAGGUCAAAAUUGACAACGAGAAGGUGACAACUGGGGGCCUGGAAGAUGACUGGGACUUUUUACCUCCCAGGAAAAUAAAAGACCCCUAUGCCAGAAAACCAAGGAAAUGGGAUGAACGGCUGCAGAUAGAGGAUCCUGAAGAUAAGAAACCUGAGGAUUGGGAGGACUCUGAGUUCAUCCCAGACCCAGAGGCCAAGAAGCCGGAUGACUGGAACGAGGCAAUGGAUGGGGUGUGGGAAGGGCCCCUGAUACCGAACGUCAAGUACAAGGGACAAUGGAAACCUCGGAUCAUUGACAAUCCCAAUUAUCAGGGGGAGUGGAUUCACCCAGAGAUAGACAACCCCAAAUACAAGCCUGACCCCACCAUUUGUCAUUAUUAUAACAUCAGCGUCCUUGGCCUGGAUCUUUGGCAGGUGAAAUCAGGCAGCAUCUUUGACAAUUUCCUUCUAACAAAUGAUGAAGAGUUUGCUGAAGAGGUUGGAAAUAUGACCUGGGGAUUAAGAAAGGAUGUAGAGCAGCAGUGGAGAGAACUGUAUGAGGAAAUGGAGAAAAAGAAGGAGGCAGAAGAGGCCAAAAAGAAGAGGGAAAGGGAGCGGGCCAGGAAAGAGGACAUCUGGGGACUUGAUGAGGAGGAUGAGGAGGACAAUGAAGAGGACUCCGAGGAGGAACCAGAUGCCGGGCCCAAGCAGGAAGACAGUGCAAAGAGGGCAUCUCUGGGUAAAAAGGAAGUCCGCUUUGAUCAGAAGGAUGAACUGUAACUGCGGAGGGAGGAAUUACACACAGAAGCAAGAAACAGUGCUUAGCAGGGGAAAUGCUCAUGAGGUUAGCCAACUGCCGGAAGUAAAGUGACUCGUUCUUUUUAGAUAAACUUUGGAUUUAUAUUUCCACUCCCCCUCCCCUGCUCUGUUGGCUUAUUGGUAGAAAGGGAAUGAAUGGUAAUUUCUAUUUCAUGACGUGGGUGUAGUGACUGGAUGAGGUAAUGUGUAUAAAGUGCCCAAUGUAAAUACAUUGUAAAAAAAAAAAAAUGGAGUAGUUAAAACUACUAUCGUUAUCGUGGUGUUUAUGAAAUUAAUUGUUGGUAAAUAAGCUUCUGUAUAAACCUGAUUCUCGUUUUCAGUUGAGCCCUAUCCUCCUGGGGGUUUUCUUUGUUUAAAUAUAUGCAUUUCUUAGUAUUUACUGAGCAGUGCUGACGGUUCUGCCCAGUGUUUUCCUCUUGUUAAUGUAUUGAGCACCUAAAACCAGAAUCAGGACGUCUCCUGAGUGCCUGGAAAAACACUUCAUGAAAGUCACUUUGUUGGCCCGCUGUGCUCAUGCCCUAAUUUCUACAUGACUGUUACUUGUUUGCAAGUUUGC